ACGUGGUCCGGAAGUAAACAAUCCCCGGCUGACGUGGAGCUGCUCCUGGGUUACAGUUAACCUGUCUGUUAAAUCCGGACUAAACCCCACAUCAGAGGGACAUCUCGGAGCUUCCAGGACAGUUUGCGAUCUUAAAGAGUGAAACUCGCAGAGCGAGCUCCCUUCAACCUCCCAAACAGGAUCAUGGCGGCGGCGGCGGAUGAGGCCAGCAGGCCGUUCGCCGGCCUGUCCGACGUCUCCAUCUCCGAGGACAUCCCGGUGGAGGGGGACAUCUCCGUGCCAAUGGGCUCCUCUCGGAGCGACGACGACCACUUCUCCACGCUGGACGAGCCGGUGAAGGAGACCAUCCUGCGGGACCUGCGGGCGGUGGGCACAAAGUUCGUGCACGUCCUGUACCCGAAGCGGAGCUCCGCCCUGCUCCGGGACUGGGACCUGUGGGGCCCGCUGCUGCUCUGCGUUACCCUGGCUCUGUUGCUGCAGGGCGGCGCGGCCGACAAAGACGAUCAGGGGGGCCCGCAGUUCGCAGAGGUGUUCGUCAUCGUGUGGUUCGGCUCCAUCAUCAUCACGCUGAACUCCAAGCUGCUGGGCGGAACCAUCUCCUUCUUCCAGAGCCUGUGCGUGCUGGGCUACUGCAUCAUGCCGCUGACGGUGGCCAUGGCCGUGUGCCGCCUGGUGCUGCUGAGCAUCUCGGGCACCGUCAGUUUCGCCGUGCGGCUGGCGCUGGUGACGGCGUCCUUCGGCUGGUCCACCUUCGCCUCCACCGCCUUCCUCGCCGACAGCCAGCCGCCCAACCGCAAGGCGCUGGUGGUGUACCCGGUGUUCCUCUUCUACUUCGUCAUCGGCUGGAUGGUCUUGACCUUCUCGCUGCCGCAGUGAAACGGGAAGAGCUCGGGAAACGGACACCGAAAUCUGCCUUUUGGGUGGGCGACUACUGAGGCGGCGACGAGCUCUCCGGGUCGCCGGGGGAAAAGUAUUCAGACUUUCCAGAGUUUUCAGGAUUCAGAUGUGGACAUGAUGGAUGCUGAUGUUCUAAUUUUUUAUGUUUACGGUCUAUAAGCUCGUGCAGAGGGAUACUGGAUGAGUGUGUGAGCUGGCGGGAUACUGUGAUUUUUCUCCCUCCUGAUCUCUUUUGGGUGCAAAUAAAGUCUCGAACUGUCUUCACGG